UACAUAUAUGCAUGGAAGUACGUAAUGGUGUAAACAAAACAUAAAUAAAGUCGAGAGGGAAGUGACUGCUUGGUCAGUAAACUCUAUGCUGAAACAAUGAGCAAUGGAGAUGACAAUAAUUAACAUGGAAAAUCGGCACCAGAAAUUAACCACAAGCACCUUACUUGAUCCCAAGUUUCUGCAAAGACCACCAUCACAUAGAUCUAUAACAAUCGCAUCGACGGAGCCACUGAUAGAAGAACCCGAGUCAUUUGAUACAGACACAGAAAAUAUCUGCGAACCUGAACAACAAACUCCGGAAAAAUGUCAAGUUCAAUGCAUCGAAUGUGUAAAAGCUAUUCCAGUUUUCUCGUGUAAUGACAUAGAAGCCGGUGACCACGUGGUUUUCAGUGGAGCCGUUUACGACCAUCAUGGGAUAAUCAUUUCGAAAUUAGACGAUGGAGUAACGUUCGAGAUAAUAGAAGCAACUAACACUAUUUCUGGAGCUGUAUUGGGGGUGUCAAAGUUUUUCGGAGGCAAAGCAGAAAUCAAAAGUUCCUUUAAAAAAUUUGAUUUCGAAGGAGAAAAGAUUUGCGUAGUCGUGUACAGACACCGUUUUUCAAAAAAGGAAACCGUUCGACGUGCCACUGGCUUUUACAAUAACAAAGAAGAAAGUGGAAAUUAUAAAUAUGACUUGUUUGAUAACAACUGUGAGCAUUUUGCUACAUACUGCGUCACUGGACAAAAUGUCAGCGUGCAGGUGUCCAAGUUUAGAUUAACGUGGACACUUUUUUGGAGCAGUGGAUUUGUCGGAAUAAGCGAUGAAUUGAAAAGAAAUGAAAAAGAGUAUGAAAAUGACAUAAUUUGCAAAGACUGUUAUGAAAUGAAUAAAAAGCUUCUUGGCGUCGGUGUUAAACCGAUAGUAUCAGAAGGAGAUGUUCAGAAAGGAGACAUCAUCCGGUACUCGUAUUGGAAUUUAUGGCAUGACGCCGUUGUUCUUGAGGUAAGCAAGAAAACCAAAAAGGCAGUUGUUUGUUCCAUUGCACACUACGCCUUUUGUGGAAUAUUUUCUCAUCGAACAAUCAUAGAGGAGAGAAAAGAAAUUCAACUGAACGGACAGUGUUCCAAACUUGACUAUGAUCUGCCUCAAUAUGAUGUGUAUGAACCCGAGGAAGUUGUUAGGCGGGCACGAAAGAGACUUGGGGAACAGUUGUUUGUUUUCUUUUCCAAUGAUUCCAGUCACUUUGCCAGAUGGUGCAAGCUGAAACUCCGGAGAUCGUAAAAUUGCCAUCCGGUCUAAUGUCAUUCAUUGAAAAAUGUUUGUAUUAUUUCAUGAUGCCUUUGAUCUUAAUGAAAAAUGAGAGAGCUGUUCAAAGCAACUAAUUUGAAUUACUCUUUGUUAGAAUUUUUAAAAAUUAUUCUUAUUGUAUUACAUAAUAUUUUUAUACAACAAAACAAUUAAGGUGGUCCAAUACAACUUCAGAGUAGGAUUUAUUUUGUAAAAUUUUUAGAUUUUCCUUUCAUGAAGAUGUUUUCUUUUUGGAUAACUUGAGUUUUCAUUUAAACAUUUGUUUGAUUCAUUUCAAAACAUUUUCUUCUAGUUUUAAAAAACGUUGUGUUUAUAAAAAUGCUCGAAAUAAUUCUUUAACGUUUGUUGAUUUUUAAAAAGUUAUCCAGUUGUUUCCAAGAAGCAAUUAAGAUAUGUAUAAGUUGUUACAUAUGACAUUAUCAAGUACAUGUAUAUUAAGAUACAUUUGACUUGAUUUGUAAGAAUGAUUUAAAUGCAAAUAAUAAUCACAAACUGUAUAAAUAUUCCAAAAUUAGCUUCAAAAAGUUUCAACAUAUCUCUUUUUUUUUAACCUUAAAAUGCAGGCUCGUCCUUCUCCUACAUGUAGAAAAGUAGAUCAAGAUAUCUGUAAUUUUGACUUCCAAACCUCAUAAUAAAGUACAUAUACAUGUAAGUCAAAUUAAUAGCACUUUAAAAGCAUUUGUGUUCAACGCAUAUGACUUUCGAUAUAAUUAAGAAAACGCCAAUAGAUUGAUUUACUAUUAUUUUUCGUAGAAGGAUUUUUAAAAAUCUAUGUCUUUGGCGGAUAUAACAUUA